AUGCAUCGUCUUUUUGCUGAGCUGGAGCCAUCUUUAACCGUCACAGAGCAAAACCUGGCAGACCGAGUUCGGUAUAUCUUGCGCUCAAAUAUAUUUGAUGUCGCCGAACUCGAACGGCUACGACGUGAGGCUGUUCCCUCGUCGGAUGAGAAUGCUACGGCUGAGGAUGCGGCGCCACAAAUGGUAGAGCAACCCGCAAACGUGGAUGCCGCCGUGAAUACCCCAGUUGUGGUUGAUUCAAACGAUGAUGGAACAGUCGCCCAGGAACUGGAAUUAGAGCAUAUGAGGAGUAUAUUGGAAGAGGCGAUUGUGGAAACGCGCAGUACGCCUCUCGAAAAUCGACCGCGACUUCCCCGCAUAGCCCUAAGCAAGCGGAAUCGGGCUGUCGUGAGGGCUCUGAACCCAAUGCUGGUUACCUAUUUGGAAGCCAGCCGGGACCUUUGCGAGACGGACUCAAUUCUUUUUGGCGCCGCGCUGGCAGUCUGCCGUAUCAUAGGCGCCAAGGUUUCCACGGCUGGACGCGCUACUGGCCAUAGUGGUGCUAUCCCAGCCUGGAGAAUAAGAAUUGAAGAACGUAUCGCAAAGGCUAGGGCCCUCAUCGGCAGACUGAUAUGCUUCAGGUCAGGCAAUACCAGGCCAAGGAUUGUGCGCACCGUCAGGAUGGCGUUUGCUGGGACAAAUGUUAGUUUGUCCCAGCCGGAUAUAACGCAAAAACUGACGGAGCGCAUAGAUGAUCUGAAGCAGAGAAUCGCUGCUUGGGGAAAGCGGAUUCGGCGAUAUACCGAGAGGUCGACACGGUUCAACCAGAAUCGUCUCUUCCAGAGUGAUCAGAAGAGGCUCUAUGAAUCAUUGGAGCGAACAAUGGUAAGUGGAACGGGUCCAGCACCGAAUCAGGCCGACACUGUAGCAUUCUGGCGCGGCCUGUGGUCAGAGCCCGUAAACCAUAGCGAGGGCCCUUGGACGGAAGUUGUGGCGAGUCAGUGUGCGGGUAUUACGCCCAUGGACCCCGUCAUCAUAACGCCGGAUGACGUAGCUGAGGCGGUCCGUAGGGCCCCGAACUGGAAAAGUCCGGGGCUUGACGGGCUGCAUCACUACUGGCUGAAGGGGUUCAUGGUGUGUCACUAUGUGCUCGCCCGACAGUUUCAAGAGGCUCUCAACCAGAAGUCGCUCCCAAGCCUCUUCACUACUGGGAUCACUCAUUUGGUUCCUAAAGACCAGGGGCCGCUGCCAGGGGGUCGCCGGGGCGCGUCUGGAGCUGGCGCUGGACGCGGCAGCAUGCGGGCCGCCAGCCGAGCGCGAGGAGCUGCACGGUCAUCUAUCAGCCCUCCGCAUCCAUCAUCCCCACCAGAAGGCUUGGUGUCGGCUGGGUCUUCUCGGACUCAGCAAGCGGCACCCGCCGCUGGUGGAGCACGUCGCAUGCGUUGGUCACAAGAAAUGAAUGCAAACGCACUGCGGGCGUACUUUAGGGCAAAAGGGGAAGAAACUGGAUGUUUGGCGUAUCGGGCUAGGAUGCAUCGUCUUUUUGCUGAGCUGGAGCCAUCUUUAAUCGUCAUAGAGCAAAACCUGGCAGACCGAGUUCGGUAUAUCUUGCGCUCAAAUAUAUUUGAUGUCGCCGAACUCGAUCGGCUACGACGUGAGGCUGUUCCCUCGUCGGAUGAGAAUGCUACGGCUGAGGAUGCGGCACCACAAAUGGUAGAGCAACCCGCAAACGUGGAUGCCGCCGUGAAUACCCCAGUUGUGGUUGAUUCAAACGAUGAUGGAACAGUCGCCCAGGAACUGGAAUUAGAGCAUAUGAGGAGUAUAUUGGAAGAGGCGAUUGUGGAAACGCGCAGUACGCCUCUCGAAAAUCGACCGCGACUUCCCCGCAUAGCCCUAAGCAAGCGGAAUCGGGCUGUCGUGAGGGCUCUGAACCCAAUGCUGGUUACCUAUUUGGAAGCCAGCCGGGACCUUUGCGAGACGGACUCAAUUCUUUUUGGCGCCGCGCUGGCAGUCUGCCGUAUCAUAGGCGCCAAGGUUUCCACGGCUGGACGCGCUACUGGCCAUAGUAGCGCUAUCCCAGCAUGGAGAAGAAGAAUUGAAGAACGUAUCGCAAAGGCUAGAGCUCUCAUCGGCAGACUGAUAUGCUUCAGAUCAGGCAACAACAGGCCAAGAAUUGUGCGCACCGUCAGGAUGGCGUUUGCUGGGACAAAUGUCAGUUUGUCCCAGCCGGAUAUAACGCAAAAACUCACGGAGCGCAUAGAUGAUCUGAAGCAGAGAAUCGCUGCUUGGGGAAAGCGGAUUCGGCGAUAUACCGAGAGGUCGACACGGUUCAACCAGAAUCGUCUCUUCCAGAGUGAUCAGAAGAGGCUCUAUGAAUCAUUGGAGCGACCAAUGGUAAGUGGAACGGGUCCAGCACCGAAUCAGGCCGACACUGUAGCAUUCUGGCGCGGCCUGUGGUCAGAGCCCGUAAACCACAGCGAGGGCCCUUGGACGGAAGUUGUGGCGAGUCAGUGUGCGAGUAUUACGCCCACGGACCCCGUCAUCGUAACGCCGGAUGACGUAGCUGAGGCGGUCCGUAGGGCCCCGAACUGGAAAAGUCCGGGGCUUGACGGGCUGCAUCACUACUGGCUGAAGGGGUUCAUGGUGUGUCACUCUGUGCUCGCCCGACAGUUUCAAGAGGCUCUCAACCAGAAGUCGCUCCCAAGCUUCUUCACUACUGGGAUCACUCAUUUGGUUCCUAAAGACCAGGUGGCACAUGAAGACUUGCUGCAACGCCGCGACGAAGUAACACGCUAUGAUCAGAAGAAAAGAGUACGAGAACAAUCUCAAGAAGUUGCUGUAGUACACCCAGUCGUCUUCUAA